AUGGAGAUGUCACUACUCGACCAUGACGGGUCACUACCUCAAGCACAGCGACAUCCGUCUGUCCAUUCAAGCCAACAGUCUCUGUCAAAUCCUCCACAAACGGAAAUGAGUGACACAUUGGGAACGGCAGCGACCCCUGUACUCCAGCACAUGAAGCUAGGAACACCUCAAAACUGGCCGACCAUUCCGGAAGCUGUCGAAUCUUCUCUAUUUACAAAGAUUGCAGAUGCUACAUUUGACAUAUUCUUAGUCGCUUGCUCCGCCGCAUUUCUAGUGUUCGCAUUGCUUGUCGCUCACUAUGACGGCUCAACUACGUAUGAUAUGGAAACUGGGGAACAGAUGAGAGUGGCUACAAUGUUACUCAAUGCUGCUAAAUACGGCCCUACCGUCUUCCCUAUCAUAUUCGCUUCAGUAAUCGGACGAAUGACACAUGCCAUACUGUGCUGGCGAUUAGCCAAAGGGGAACGCAUGGGUAUCCUAGAUUUACUAGCCACCAAUACAUCAUUUACGAGCACCGUCAUAUCACAAGUACAACUACGAAUGUUUACCUACGUCGGCAUAACUCUAACUUCUAUCUGGGCUCUCUCUCCCUUAGGAGGCCAAGCCAGCAUCAGAAUAAUGUCUAUUGGGAGAACUGCAAUUUCCGCAGCUUUUCCAGUUCAUGACCUUUACAUGAUGCCCAACGGAAACUUGGAGACAUACGCUGGUUCGCAUGGCCCUCGGCUCUUCGAGAUCGUGAACUCGCUGUUCGCGAGUACUGUUGUUGUAACCCCGACGGAAGAAGAUAUUUGGGGAAACCUCAAGAUUCCUAGGAUUGAGCAUUACGAAGGCAGCGAGGAUUAUGGUGAUGGCUGGUAUCAUGCUGGGCUUACCGCCGGAUCCUAUUCCUCCCUCGUCGGAAUCCCUAUCAAGCACGUGACAAAAAAACAUUCAGGCCUGAAUACCGCCACUACUCUAAUCCAGACUCAGUACUUGGAUGUGAAUUGCUCGGUUCGUUCCCUGCCAAAUAACAACAUAAGCGCGGAGCGUACACCUUCUCCCUAUUGGAUAAAUUCCACGGGAACUGGGGCAUAUAUAGGGUACCAAAAUACGUCUCUAAUAUCGCGACAGAAGGUACCAUCACCUAUGUUAGAACCUUUCAGCCUUUCCUACUGGCCUACUUAUUUGAGAGGCGUAGGUUAUGGUGCACUUGUGUGCAAUAUCAGGAGCUCAUACGUUGAGACAGACGUUGACUGCUCAAGGACUCGGUGUCAUGCUAAUCGAGUGCGCCGUUCCCGAUUGGACCACCUACCCAGCGCGUGGACGCAUUUAGAUAUUAACCAUGGUUUCUGGCCACUGUUCAUCGACAACUUUAUCAAAAGUGUUCCGGGCAAAGCCGGUGAACCAACUCUUCUCGAUCGAUACAUGGCAGACCCAUACUUUGCGCGUAGGACAUUGCCCGCAGCUGAGGUCCAAAUCACCUCACCUGAAGAUUACUCUGUUCGUUUGGGCCAGCUACUCAACACAUACUGGAACCUAAUGAAUGGCUUUCCGGCGAUAUUAAACGGCAUUUCGAACGAUACUGCCUAUUUCUGGGACGGGGACAAUUCUUUGAUACCGCCAUAUAAUACGACCACCGGCCUGUAUAGCUUGACAUCUGACGGCUUGAAAGCACGAUGCUGGAAGACCCAGGAAAAAAAAUCAUUCGGGAUAGCCGAUGUCGUUGAAAUGCAUCGAGGUUGGCUUGCAACACUGGUUAUUAUAUCGUCUUUCCUUAUUAUAGCUAGCCUUGUAGCUCCAAUCAUCCGCGUCUUUCUGCCUCACGGCCCAGAUGUUAUGAUGAACGUAUCAAGCUUGACUAGGAACGAUAAACACUUGCCGGUGAACGGGACCUUCUUAGGUGCCUCGCAACGCGCAAGACUGUUACGAGACGUCAGGGUAAGGUUCGGAGAUGUGGAGCCUAAAGAGGAGGUUGGGAGACUAGCGAUAGCUUCUGUCCACAAUGGGGAGGAUUCGAAUGUCACCGCUUUCCGCAAGGGGCGCUUGUAUGAGUAA